GCGCGGCUCAUAUAAUAUAUCCCAUUCAAUUAAAAAUUACCCGUUCAGACAUUUUCAUAUACGAAAGGAGUUAUUAUAAUACCCCGAAUACCAUAACAAUUACGUUUUUACGGUAUAGGAUGGAAUGUGAAAGGUAAUAUUUUCAUUUUUAUCAAUGACAUUUUAACAUUUAGUAUACUAGAAUUACCGAUCCGUGAUGCUAGAGGUGUGUAACUUAGUAAAAUAUUUUUAAACCCGGACAAUUUUAAGAGCCAAGUGCGUGGGGUUUAUUUAGCUUCAAGGAUUGAAUUGCUUCUCUUAAUAAUUUCGAGCAAAAUACAGAAGUUUUUCGGGUGGAAAUGGCAGCAGAAAACAAUGGCGGUGAGAUAAAGUUAACAGUGGGCGAGGAGAAGGUGACCACUGCAGACGUUACGAAAGGAGAAGAAUUAGACCUGCAGCACCGAGAUCCCGAACAUUUACAUGAUCACGUUAAGAUACAAUUCCACGACGUGUUUGGAGAACCCGAUGAAACAGUCUUUUCCUUUGACUUUAUUUGGAAAUUGGCAUUCAAGCUGUUCACGAAUGUGAAGUUGUGGUGCUACAGAAUUACGUCACUGAUAUGCGGUUUGCCUCUGGCAAUUUGUUGGGGAAUCUACUUUGCGUUGCUGUCAUUCUGCGCUAUCUGGUGCUGUGAGCCGUACAUGAAAGCCUAUGCGAUAGAACUCGGCUGUAUACGAAGACUCUUCAACACUUGCCUAAAUGCGUUCUGCAGACCAUGCUUUGAAGUGAUGGGAUACUGUUUUUACAACAUUAGAAUACAGAAAGCAUAGAAACGCAUUUUGCAAAAAAAAAAAAAAUGUUAGACUCUAUAUCUUCCGUGAUUAUUUUAUUUUGUAAACGUCCUUACUUUAAAUCAGGAAAUAUAAUGUAAUCAGUGAAGUUUUAUACAGUUUUACUGUCAAUACUGACUACUGCCAGUUUGUUUGUUGACCUCAUAUGUCUUUUACAUUUUUCAUGUCUGUGUUUUCUUUAGAAUUACUAGUUUGUAUUAUACCGUGCAGUUUUACAGUCAAUAUUGACAACUGCCAGUUAGUUUAUUUCUGUGUUUUUUUAAUUUACGUCUGUAUUUUCUGUUGAAGUUCUAGUUCGUAUUAUACCAUGUAAGGGGUCUUCUGUUUUAAAGAUUCUUCUAUUGUAAAAGAACUUAUACUUGUCUGCUGCAAUAUUCAUAUAUAUUUUAUCUGCGAAAAUCUUAAUAAAUGAUUAAUUAAA